ACUUUCCUCAGAAAAACUAUGGCUCUCAAGAGGCUUCCGUGGGACUGUGUUGUCCCUGGUUGUUUCAAGGCUCAAACCACAUCCACUCAGUACAAAAGCCGUAUCUCCAAGCAAGCCUCUUUUCAGAGAUUGUCACUCUCCGAUGUUAGCAAUCAUGGUUCGCAAAUCUCAAUGAAUGAUCUAUCCAGUUCCCUGGUGGGGUCCAACCUUCAUAUCUUCACGCUCGUCGAGCUGAAGACGGUAACUCACAACUUCUCGAAGAGCAAUUACCUCGGUGAAGGCGGGUUUGGGGUAGUGUACAAGGGCAUGAUAGAUGACGGCCUGAGGCCAAAGUUGAAGGCUCAAGUGGUGGCGGUUAAGAUGCUGGAUUUAGAUGGCACACAAGGUCAUAGGGAGUGGCUGGCUGAAGUUAUAUUUCUCGGGCAACUAAGGCAUCCUCAUCUCGUCAACUUGAUCGGAUAUUGCUGUGAAGACGAGCAUAGGCUUCUAGUGUACCAGUACAUGGAGCGGGGAAACUUAGAAGACCAACUAUUUAACAGGUACUCUUUGGCCUUGCCUUGGCUAACCAGAAUAAAAAUUGCGAUUGGAGCUGCCAAAGGCGUGGCUUUCCUCCACGAAGGAGAGAAACCGGUAAUUUACCGCGACUUCAAGGCUUCAAACGUGUUGUUGGACUCUGAUUACAAUGCCAAGCUCUCAGACUUUGGGCUAGCAGUGGACGGUCCUCUAGGCGACAAUACACAUGUCACGGCACGAGUCAUGGGCACCCGAGGUUACGCAGCCCCAGAAUACAUUUCUACAGGCCAUUUGACGACAAUGAGUGAUGUGUACAGCUUCGGAGUAGUACUUUUGGAGCUGAUAACAGGUCGACGGUCAGUCGACAAGAGCCGUCCGACCGGAGAGAAAGACUUGGUGAAUUGGGCCAGGCCAACGUUGAAAGACACCCACAAAUUAGACAAGAUAAUCGACCCGAGACUCGAAGGUCUGUACUCGACCGAGGGAGCCAAAAGGGCAGUCCUGUUGGCUCAUCAGUGCCUCAAUCAAAACCCCAAGUGCCGGCCCAGUAUGCAAACGGUGGUCAAGACAUUGGAGACAAUUAUGGACUUAGAUGACAUCCCUGUCAGGUCCUUUGUGCACAUUGAUCCUGCGCUAGACAAAGAUGUUAGCGUGAACAAUUGUGAAGAUGCUGUUGAAGAAGACCAAAUUGAACCUGGAAACGAAAACAGAGUCGAAGAGAAGGAGGUGGAAAUAAAGAAUAUGAAAGGUCACUGCCGGCAAAAGAGAGCCCAUAAGCACAGGCGUCGAACAAGGGCCUCGAGGUCACGCGCCGUCUUCUCAGACACAGCUUUGUAUUCUGCUCUUGGGACAAGUUUGUACUGUCCAAAAUCCAACAACGAAUCAAAGGAAGAUAUAGAAGAUUAGAACACUUCGUUAACGAUAGAGUUUCUGCUACCAGAUAAGCACAGAAGUUUUUCGAUCAAGCUCACCAGUAUAGCUUUUUUCUUGGCACACCGUCUAAAUUGUUGGCGCACACUUAAGAAAUUAUCUGAAGCGUGCUCUUGGAAAAGAAAUGCCAAUGAAAUUGACCAUCCUCUGGAAAAAUUCUUCAGGAAAGUAACAAUCCAGUUCGUGCAGGCCAAUAUGUGGGUUUGCUGCUAUACUGACUUUUACUGUAAUUAACAUAAACAGACUCGCGUUCAAAACUAUUGAAGUCAUCUCAUAUCAAUUUAUUUGUGGAGUUGAUCCUCACUUUAUACA